GCGGCCUCACGACGACCAGCCGGAAGCGAGGUCAUGCGCCAAAGAGCUUUCUCUCACCUCCAUUUAGACAAGAUCUUGGUCGUCUGCGCUCUUGGUUGACUGAUCAACUCAAGAUGACUCUCGGCAGCCAUGACGCCUGGCCGCGAUGACUUCGAUGCCGGCUUCCCAAACGCCUCGACAGGCGUACUCCCCGUCCUCCCCAAUGGCGAUGGCGCCGGUGUGCCACGCAACAACGCCGCUACCGCCGCCUCGGCGGCUGGCGUACGCGCUCUGAGCGCUCAGGCGAUUGCCUUUUACUUCCGCGCACCCGUCAAAGCUUUCUUUCGCACGCGGGUCGACUAUCUGGCUUAUGCGAGAAGUGUGCACCAGGCGCAGUUUGCGGCGCUGGCCCAGGCUGCGGCCAGCGAGCACAACGCGUCGAGAUUCUCAGUCGGCCUGAAGCACACUUGGAUGUGGAUGCGGGGCACCACACCAGGUCUGCUCACUUCUGUCAUCCAGCAGCACGGCUGGCGUGUGGUGCCGGACCAGAUACUACCUCCCCUCAUUGCCAACGUCACCGUCGGCGCUGUGCUCUACACAUCGUAUUUACACAUACUGGGAAACCUCCAUCCCGAGUCUGGCCGCUCAACAAAGCGGGCAUAUCCGCCCCCCGAGCCUAGUCAAACAUUCACAGCAGGCCUCCUUGCUGGCAGUCUUCAGAGUCUAGUCGCGGCGCCGCUUGAUGCCAUACAGGCGAGAUAUGACCAUCGCGAUGUCCUAGGCACCGCUGGCAAUGGCAAGCCCAGGAGUAUGUGGGCUUUCAGCGCGGAGAAACUACGCGAGAUUGGCGUUCGCGGCGUUUUCGCAGGCUGGACGCUGUCUCUCACCAAGGACAGUCUGGGCAGUGCCGUAUUCUUCAGCACGUUUGAGUACGUCAAGGCACAGAGCUACUACAAAUUUGUGCACUGGUACUAUGGUGAACUGAGCGAGGACAUCGUCAAUAUCCUUGCCCGGAAACGACCGACAGACAAGACUUCUACAUCAGACGACAUCGCCAUCUACGAUGAGGACAGCAAGCACAGUAGCAAGAGGAAGAAGAGGAACACGACCGUCAUUAGACCUCACUAUGCGAUAGAGCCUGUUUUCUUGCUUUUUGCAGGCAUGAGCGCAUCAUUCGCACAGCAAUUCGUUUUACAUCCCCUUACGCACAUUCAGGUCCGCCACUGGGACCAUCUCGAAGACCUUGACGCCAAGGUCAACCGCCUACGCGACUCCGCCGCUGCCGACCCAAACAAGCCACACCGACGAUUCCGCAUGCUGAGAGCAUACUACCGGGCCUACCAGGAAACGUUUGCGUGGUGCAAGACUGAAGCUGCACGCGAGGGCUUGGGCGUGACCAAGUACCUCUAUCGAGGCUUUCUGUGGAACACCAUUCGCCAAGUACCCAGCACCAGCGCAGGCCUGAUCAUAUUUGAGCUCGUCCGACGGAAGUAUGGCAUGGGCGGCGAGGAAGUCAGGAUAUCGGGUGACAAAUACGACAUCUUGCUACAUUAAGGGGUUCCUGGCUGUAGCCUUUUCGUGGCCAGCACUUCUGGCGUUUGGAGGUAUACCAAGGGAUUGAUAUGAUUUCCGUGACGCGACCACGCCUCUCACAAGACUACAUCUCGUAGCAUUUUGAUUAUACCGCUACAUAGACUAUGAAUGCAUCACUGCUUGUCCUUUUG